AUGGCGGAAGUCGAAAGAGCGAACAACAGCAAAAACAGCAACAAAAAUAAAAAGACCGCUUUUGUUUUCUCAGACGAGGAGGUAGAAAUGCUGAUAAGUGAAUGGGGAAAACGAGAUGUGCUGUUUGACAGCAAAAAUCCUUUUUAUUUCAACAAAGACGUUAAAUCGCAUGAUUGAAGAAUUGAAAUUUCCAGGUUUGUUAGCACAAAAGUUUAUUAUGAAAUUUAUAUACAAUUAUCGAUUUAGUUUAUGGAGGCGAUUGUCACAAGACAAAAAAAACUAGUGCUUUAUAGUGUUAUAAGUAUUAAAAUCACACUGAAAAUGAAAAUUUUGCAAACAAUUCCCACGUUUUUCAGACAAUGUAUAAAUAUUAACAAGACUAGAAACUGUAAAAAAGGUCAAGGAAAAUAUUUAUAUACUAGUAAAACUGAACAUGAUUUAUAAAAUAUCUACCUGCCACAAUUUUCACAGCUAUACAACAUUACAGCUUGAAAUUCCCGUGUUUUUCAGAAAAAUGCCAGUGUUUAAUAAUUGGAUUAUAAAUCCCUGUUUUCUUUCCGUGAAAAAUAUGAAAAUACAACUGCACAAAAACCAAAACAGUGAAAACACUAGUACUAGUCCCAGACAGCUGGCGCCGGUUCAGUACUUUGAUUUAUUGUGUAAUUUAUGCAAAUUAUACACAAUGUCAAUGAUGAAAAACGCAUAAUAAACAAUUACUUCACUUUUAUUAAAGGAUUAACCGCAACCGACUUGUCAAAAAAAAUGAAUUAGCAAAGAAAAGGCCAGUAGAACCAGUGGCAAAGGUACAAAUGAUGUUUGGUACAAAUGAUUUCAAUUCCCUUCAUUUCUUGCGUGAUAAUAUUACGGCAAGAAAAACCAUUUCGACCAUUUCAAUACGAUCAUCAAGCACGUCCCCCGUCCCACCGGAUGAGGAUUGUAAUCUCGAUGUUAUAUGGUUCGAGGCAGAAAAUUCAGAAACGACCUUUGGCAUUGACCUUGUGCAACAGCUGGACACUGCCCCUAUGGCUUUAUCUACCCCACCGUCUCAAGCAAAACGUAAAAGAAAUGCAAAAGAGAUUAGCGUUGAAGACGAUCAAAGUUCUACAGUGUUGUUUGAAAGAGCUGCAGCAGAAAACCCCCACGCCGCGUCAAUCAGUCGAUGA